AUGGGAAGAACGCCAUCUUCUGAUAAAACUGGACUCAAGAAAGGGCCGUGGACACAAGAAGAAGAUCUCAAACUCACACAAUACAUUCAAACGCACGGACCUGGCAAUUGGCGAACACUCCCAAAGAACGCCGGACUUCAACGCUGUGGAAAAAGUUGUCGUCUUCGAUGGACAAACUAUCUCAGGCCUGAUAUCAAGAGAGGAAGAUUUUCAUUCGAAGAAGAAGAGACCAUUAUCCAACUACACAGCGUUCUUGGGAACAAAUGGUCAGCAAUCGCUAAUCGCUUGCCUGGAAGAACUGACAACGAAAUCAAGAACUACUGGAACACCAACAUCCGGAAAAAGUUACUCCGAAAUGGAAUUGAUCCUGUGACUCAUACCCCACGUCUCGACUUCUCAGACCUUUCAUCCAUAAUAAACUCAGCACAAUUCAACCUAUCAAACCUUCUUAACCUCCAAACUCUUGUAAAUCCAGACGUUUUACGGCUUGUUACUCUCUUAUCGUCAUCAAAUCAAGGGAGUCCGGAAACAUUACUAAAUAAUAACUACCUAAACCUCAUGAACCAAAAGCCUAAUCAACAAACCUCAAACUUUGCAAAUGAUGGCCAAUACUUUUCAAAACCUCUUAUUAUAAACUCCAAUGACCAUAUUAGUCAAGAUUAUAUGGCACCUCCAUUCUGGACCAACAAUUCUAAUUCUAUGCCGGCCCUCCCUAGUUACAGUCCGCAAUUUACAGAUUUGAGUAGUUGCCUGCCAUCAAAUAUGGAAAAUAGUACUACAAUCCCCGCCAAUAGCCAAAACUUUAACUUUGAAUCAUCUACUGUUACACCCAUGUCAAGCCCUACACAUGCAAAUUCGUCAUCCACGCUCAAUAAUAGCAGCAUCUCUGAAGACGACAAGGGAAGUAGUCACUGCACCAACAUGUUUAAGUUUGAGGCUCAAGAGAGUUUUGAGUUUGAUGACUUCAUCAACACAUUGCUGUAA